AUGAACAAGCUCGGCCAAGGCUGCGAUAUCUUGGUUGCUACAACUGGACGACUCCUAGCCAUCCUGAGGGAGAAGGCACUGCAGUUCGGCAACCCGAAGUACCGUGACAUCCUUUCUCUGGAUAAUUUGAGUUUCAUUGUCUACGAUGAGGCCGAUGAACUACUGUCGGAAUCCUUAAAAGAUGUCUCGUCGAAGAUGUCCAAGACGAAGACAUUCAAAGACGAAGUCGACGAGGUUGAACUGCGCCUCCCAACCAAGAAACACCUCUACCAUUGGUACUUCUCUUCCCAGUACUCCAAGGAGCAGAGUCUUAGAGCUGAGGGGUUUAUGCGCCUCGAAUAA